ACAAUGGGUGGAAUAGAAGAGAAAUAUCAGGACACUAAAAACCCCUCAUUUUUUCAAGAAGGUUCAAGAAAUGGGGGUGCCAAGUUUGUUAAGGAGAUGGGAAACAAUCCCAGAAGGGCACUGAGAAAUAUCAAUCCCAACAUUUUGGGGGCAACUCAUAAUCCGUAUGUCGUCAACAAAAGAGAUUUUUCUGGGAAGCUGCUACCAGCUCAAGUCGUUCAGCAUUGCUCCGAAGUUUGUAAUCGUGAAACUAAGAACCUAAACUUAUUGGCAGUAAAGUCUAGUGGUGUAGAAGAUUGUCAGAUUGUAGAUGUGGAGGACUUUGAGGAUAACAAGGAUGUCUCAAUACCAAUGUUUGUGAAGCACACAGAAGCUCUUCUAGAUGAACUUGAUCAGGUGGAGGAAGUUGAAAUGGAGGAUGUGGAAGAUGAGGAAGAUGUGGAAGAGGAACCUGUCAUGGACAUCGACAGCAGCAAUUUGAAAGAUCCACUUUCAGUAGUUGAGUACGUAAAUGAAAUUUAUGACCACUAUAGGAAAACCGAGUGUUUAAGCUGUGUCUCUCCAAAUUACAUGGUUCAUCAACCUGACAUUAAUGACAAAAUGAGAGCCAUACUCAUUGACUGGCUAAUUGAGGUUCACCACAAGUUUGACCUCAUGGAAGAGACAUUGUUCCUCACUGUCAAUCUCAUAGAUAGGUUCUUAGAGCGUCAAAUUGUGAUCAGAAAGAAGCUUCAGUUGGUUGGGGUGACAGCUAUUCUAUUGGCAUGCAAAUAUGAGGAGGUUUCAGUCCCUGUAAUUGAGGAUUUUGUGCUCAUAACUGACAAGGCAUACACAAAGCAAGAUGUUCUAGACAUGGAGAAAUUGAUUGUGAAUGAGUUACAAUUCAACUUUUCUGUGCCUACCCCAUUUGUUUUCAUGAGGAGGUUUCUCAAAGCCGCUCAGUCGAACAAAAAACUUGAAAUCUUGUCAUCCUACAUCAUUGAGUUGUGCUUAGUGGAGUACGAAAUGCUCAAGUUUUCGCCGUCUUUGCUUGCCGCGGCAGCAAUUUACACUUCUCAGUGUACUCUUUACGGUUCUAAGCAGUGGAGUAAGACCAGCGAGUGGUAUUCUUAUUAUUCAGAAAACCAACUCCUAGAAUGCUCAAGAUUGAUGGUUUCUUUCCAUCAAAAGGCUGGAAAGGAUAAGAAACUAACUGGAGUUUACAGGAAAUACAACACAAAGAAAUUUGGGUUUGCGGUUAGAGCUGAACCAGCAAACUUUCUAAUAGGUUACUGAGUUUUGAGUUCCUUUCUGAAUUUCAAACCGAGAAGCAACAAAAGUUGCCGUGCUAAGCAUUCUAAGUCCAAAACAAACAUCCAAUCAGCUUUUAAGCACGACUUUAGUGGGUGUCUUUUUGUUGCCAAAACUUGAUAUUUAGCUGUGUGAUGAGUUGAGUGUUACCAUGAAUGUUUAUUUCUACUCUCUAGUAUAUAUUUUUCAUUCACGGUAUUAUGUAAGGAUUAGGUUAGAUGUGUAGAUAUGUUUCUUUCUCCCCCUUGUCAGAACCGAAAUAUAUAUGUACUAUGUUGGAUAUGGACACACAACAUUAUUCUAUACCGAUUUUAAGGAGGAGAAUCAUAAUUCAUUCCCCACCGUUCGGGGUUCGGCAUAAAUGUGGUAUUUGAUGGUGUGUGAAAUAAUACCAACACUUCUUCCAUUGUGAUUAUGUGACCAGCGACGGGGCUCGACCAUAUUAUGAAUGUGAAGGAGUUUUAGAUUU